AUGUCUUCUAGCUCUUCGAUCAACUCUUCCUCUAAUCAAAUUCUGCCGGAAGAUCGUCGUGAAUCUUCGGACCCGAGCUCUUCUUCUUCAAAUCCUCAUUCACCGAACUCUUCCCAGCGGGAGAGUAAUCCUCCGCAGCUGGUUCGCAAAAAUUCUAGAACGGCUGGUGCAAAUAGUAGCCGAUCUCGACCGCGAGUUGAAGCGCCCGAGCAACUGGCUACAAGGACUCGUGAAACCGGAGCUCAAGUCGGGCCAAACGUUGGUGGCGUUAAUCACGAGAUCGAGGAGGUUGCGGAAUCUGAAGAAAGGAAUCCCGAAGGAAAUGAUUCUGAAGUAGAAGUUGCCGUAGACAACCUCGAGGCGGUGAACCACGCAUCGCCACCGAUGCCAAAACGAAAAGUCGUCCAUCCUCAUGACGUGCCAUCUUCUUCUCUUUCUCCAGAUGCAGUUCGGGCCGUACUCGAGGAUUACGGGCUCUCAGACAGCGUCAUAUUCAUCAUACCCGAAGCUGGAGAUCGGUCAUGGGACGUUCUUGAGGGCUUUCUUUGUAUCUACUUGACCUAUUUCACGCAAUGCGGGCUCACUCUCCCAAUUCCCUCUCGUCUUAUCGGAUAUUGCAAUCGGCGUGGAGUAGCUCUUACUCAGAUGAUGCCGGCAUCGAUGACGAACUACGUAGGCUUUGUCACCUUAUGUAACGAGCUCAGCGAAAUUCCUACUAGUCGGCUCUUCGAAGACUACUUCUCGGUCAACAUCCACAAGUCUAAACCGUGGUUCUUCGCAGCAAACGCUAAGCCGAAAAAGGACAUCGUUACUGGGGUCAAACCCAGUAAAUAUAACGACUGGGAAUCCCAGUACUUCUUUCUCGAGAUGAACGAUCUCACAGUCGACAAUUCCGACAUUCCAACUCAAUCGGAGUGGAAGAUUCCGAUCUGUCGUCAUCUCCCUAGCAUCCUUCUCAACUCCGGACUCACCUCUGAAUUCCAGUCUGCUUUUAGUGAAGCCGGCAAACGUCGUUGGCCUGAAGUCUGGGAAGAAAUUCUACAACGCCGAGCUAAGAAAUCAGCUUCUGUCAUGGAACCGAAGCCUCUGAAGCCAAAAAGUCGAGCUAACAAGCCUCGAGCUGCUCCAAGAUGGAAAGUGCCAAAACCGCAAGCUAGACGAACUCGAUCUGCAAGAAUGCUUUCGCUUGACGAGAUCCCUACUCUGUUCGAUGAGGAGGAGCCGAACGAUGCAGCUCCGAAUCCCGUUCCUGCUGCUGAAGGGAUUAAUGAGCAGCCCGAAGAACUGCCGCUAGUUGUGAACUCGCCUGACCAAGUCAGUCAGAAGAAGCUGAAAAAGAGGAAGUCCUCAAAGAAGGUUAAGAGGAUCGAAGACUCUUCUCGAGUGCAAGAUGCUACCGCCGAGCUCGACCCUCCAUUGGCUGCAACAUCAGACCUUGCUGUUCCUCAGGAUCGAGCUGAAACUUCCAACACCCGGAAAAGGCAAGAAAGAGGUCGUGCCAGAGAUUCUCCGGAGCCAGAGCCGGCAAAGAGGGCUAAAGUCUGCUUCGACUAUGAUGAGGAGACUCCUUUUGAGGAGAAUGUCGAUGCGCCGACCUCUAUCACAAGAUCUCGACUGAGGUCCCGAGUCUCCCGGCAAUCUCCGAACUCUGAUUUCCCAACCUGUACAAAGGGAUCGCACCUCGCCAGCCAGACAAACAAUUUGGUCGCAGCGUAUGAGGUUGCUCUGUAUGACGAGCAAGUGAGGGUCGCCAAGCUAGAAGAAAGGAUUUAUAAGGCGGAGGAGCGUCUUGCCACCGAGCUCCAAAUUGACGAUACUCUUCACACCAGUGUUGACCUGCUGAAGCAGGAGAGUUCAGAGCUGAAAGCUGUGAGAGCCGAACUGACCGAGGCGCAUGGCUUACUUUCUCGGGAAUUCGAGAAAGAUAAAGAAUGA